CUCUCGCUUUUUUUACUCCCGUCAAUCAAACCCUAAAUUUUACUCUCACCAUUCCGCAUAGAUACACACACAUGCAUAUUCUGUUUUCUAUUUUUUAUUUUCUCGUUUGUUCGUUUCAUUACGGGUUUAUGGUGUUCGAUCUGUUUAAUUGCAGACUAAACAAAGCGAUCAAAGUUGGAGGAAUUAAGCGUUCGGAUAUAUGUCCUUCAAUCAAUCAAGGUCCGAUAGAAACGACGCACAGUAUCGGAAAUCAGGGCGAUCCGCAAGCUCCAAUCAGCAGCGGUCCUCUUCAGGCGGUUACGGUAAGGGCGCCGGCGCCGGGCCUGCCCCUUCACCGACAAUCACUUCGUCUUCCUCUUCCUCUGUCAUUUCCAAUCGCAGCAGUUUUAAGAAAUCCAACAAUGCUCAGGGAGGGCAAUCUAGGGUAAGUUUGCCUGCUGUGAAUUCUUCUGAGUCUAGCAAUGCGUCUACGCCCCGUAAUGUGCAAAAUGGGGCGCAUGUACCGCCCCAGUUACAUGGAGGUGCUGAUGCACCGGUUGCAAGCGGAGCUUCCAAGCAGACUGAAGUUUCUACUCCUCAGAGAACCACCCGAACUCUUCCCAAGGCUCCAACUUCUCAAUCGGCCUCCAUGACUUCUGAAAUCACCGGCCCAACAACACCAGCUAAGGCCCCAGUUGACGCGUCUAAAGCAUUCCCAUUUCAGUUUGGGUCUAUAAGUCCUGGUUUCAUGAACGGGAUGCAGAUUCCAGCUCGAACUAGCUCAGCUCCACCAAACUUGGACGAGCAGAGACGUGAUCAGGCACGCCAUGAUUCAUUAGGACCUCUGCCCAAUUUGCCAAUUCCUGAGCCAAAACAGCAGAUGCCGAGGAAGGAUGCCGAGCAACCUAAUGCUGGGGAAGCCCAUCAGGCAACAAAGGCCAAAAGAGAUUUUCAAGUUUCACCAGCUUCCCCUGCAAGCCAGACACAGAAGCCUUCUGUUAUACCUCCCAUGACUGGGAUGAGAUUCAUCACCUAAGCCUUCUUUAAGUUUGGUGGUCCGACCCCCGAUUCAAUCUCAGAGCAUGACUGCUACCUCCAUUCCAAUACAUAUUCCGAUUCCAAUACCAAUGGGAAAUGCUCCACCGGUGCAGCAGCAGGUGUUUGUUUCAGGUCUGCAAUCUCAUCAAUUGCCUCCUCAAGGUAUCAUGCAUCAGGGCCAGGGGUUGAGUUUCACUACUCCAAUGGGUCCUCAGCUUCCUCCCCAGAUAGGCCACAUGGGACUGAACAUGAGCCCACAAUAUCCCCAACAGCAAGGAGGGAAAUUUGGUGGUCCUCGGAAAAUCAUUGUCAAGAUUACUCAUCCAGAUACUCAUGAAGAGCUGAGGUUAGAUAAACGGACUGAUAAUUAUUUGGAAGGUGGAGCAUCAGGUCCUAGAUCCCAUCCUAACAUGCCUUCUCAAUCCCAGCCAAUACCAUCGUUUCCUCCGCCUCAUUCAAUCAAUUAUUAUCCCAACUCUUACAAUACUGGUUCCAUGUUUUUUCCUCCAAGUUCUCUGCCAUUGACAAGUAAUCAGAUGGCUCCCAGUUCUCAGGGACCAAGAUUUAACUAUCCAGUUGCCCAGGGUUCCCAGAAUGUGCCUUUUGUGAGUCCUGCUGCUCAUACUUCAGCACCUGUAAAUAAGUUUGCAGCGCCAGUACAUAGUGCCUUAGAAUCAUCUAACUUUGAGCUAGCACGUGACUCACAUACUGUAAGUUCAGCUGCUUUGUCAGGGGCUAUGCUAGUAACAAUUAAACCAGCUGUUGCAUCUGUGGGUGAAAAGAUUGCGGAGUCCUUUUCAGGUGGCUCACCUGCUGGUGAGAAAGUUGCGUCGCCAAGGCCCUUGGCCCUAUCUGGGGAAGGUAGUUCACUGUUUCCUCAGAGGGAUCAGGAGCCUCGUCCAGAGAGCUCUUCGCAGCAGUUAAAACCUAGCAAUGAAUCAUUGCUAUCCAAGUCAUCACCUGGAGAAACUAAACAAGUGAUGGUAAGUUCUGCUGCUGUCUCUUCUGAAAGCUUGGCAUCCAAUUCAUCAUCAUGGGCUUCAGCUGCUCCAUCCGAGGAGACUGUGGCAGCUGUUACGAACGCUGAAGAAAGGAAAAAGGAAGGUCUGAGCAGGUCAAACUCUAUGAAAGAUCAUCAAAAGAAAGCAGGAAAGAAAGGAUAUGUCCAGCAUCAGCAUCAGGUUGGUGGACAAUCUACGGUGCAGUCAGUCAUGACUUCUGAACAUGGUACUUCUUUCAGCAGUGGGACUUCUGAAACUGCAGACACUAAACUAAUGUUGGCUCCUCCACUAGCUAAUGAGGGAUUAUCGGAAUCACUCAAGCAACCACUUUCAACUGUUGAUGCUUCAACUUCAGACUUGAAGGCAGGUUUUGUUGUCGAAGGCAUAUCCAAUGUUUCAUCUGGAAUAUCUGGAUCUGGAGUGAGUGUGGAUACCGUGAUUACCAUUCAUCAUGAAAAGUUAGAUGAUUCUUCCAUGCAGGGUGAACAACCAAAACAAGAAUCUCCAGGAAUUGAGGAACAAGGGGAAAAAAGAUCGUCUCAAAAACCUGUGGAAGAUAAUAACAAUUUUGAGAUCUCGUUGAAAUCUCUAGUGCUUGGUAAUCAAACUGAACAGGAGUCUAUUCUGAAUGAGACAUCUAGCAAGAAUGAGCUUCCAACCACAGGACUUGUGCAUGGAAUCCAUGUUGAUGCCCAAACUAGUUGUCUAGAGGGUGAAAGGAUCUCUGAUAGUUUAGAUGUAUCAACCUCACAGGAUGAUAAAACUUCAACUUUUAGUGCCUCGUCAAGUAGAAGUGAUAGCAAGGACAGCAAUGAGCUUGCUGUUACGAAUUUUGGUUUAGCAGAUCAGCACUCUGUUCGAACCCCUGAUAUACCAGAAGCAACCUUGAAAUUUGAUGGUGAAGGUGAGGGAGUGGGAAAUGGUGGUAGUAGCUUGGUCUCUGCACCUGCUUCUGGUUCCAAGGAUAAACCCAUUCUUGAACAAUAUAGGCCAAAGAGUAAUGUUCCUAAAAAGAAGAAAAAGAGAAGAGAAAUUCUUCAAAAAGCAGAUGCUGCUGGGACAACCUCUGACCUUUACAUGGCUUACAAAGGUCCUGAGGACAAGAAAGAGGCUUUAUUGGCCUCAGAAAGCAUAGAAAGCGUUUCAGCUGGCGUAAAUUUGAAGCAGGCGCUGAUUGAUGACCUUCAGGAAAAUGCUGUAGAAAGCGAGGAAAUUUCGCAGAGUAAACCAGAGCCUGAUGACUGGGAAGAUGCUGCUGACAUCUCCACAAAUCUGGAAACUUCAGAAGCAGAACCAGCUGAUGGAGGGCUACUGCAAAAUGACAAGGUUACAAAUGGACAUAUGGCGAAAAAGUACUCCAGAGAUUUCCUCCUAAAAUUUGCAGAGCAGUGUACUGAUCUCCCUGAGGGGUUUGAUCUUACAUCUGAAGUAGCUGAGGCCUUGGUUAGUGCUUCAGUGAAUGGAUCUCAUCUUGUUGAUCGUGAUUCAUAUCCUAGUCCUGGAAGAGUAGUGGAUCGUCCAGGUUCAGGCUCUCGAGUAGAUCGCCGUGCAAGUGGUAUAGUUGAUGAUGACAGAUGGAGUAAACUUCCUGGUUAUUUUGGUCCAGGGAGGGAUAUCCGUUUGGAUAUUGGUUAUGGGGGUAAUAUGGGUUUUAGACCUGGCCAAGGAGGUAACUAUGGUGUUCUAAGGAAUCCACGCACACCUGGACAUGUACAGUAUGUUGGGGGGAUACUAUCGGGACCUGUGCAGUCCAUGGGUCCUCAGGGAGGAACGGGAAGAACUAGUCCUGAUGCUGAAAGGUGGCAACGUGCUACUAGUUUCCAGCAGAAGGGUUUAAUUCCUUCACCACAAACUCCUUCACAGAUGAUGCACAAAGCUGAAAAGAAGUAUGAAGUGGGUAAAGUGACUGAUGAGGAACAAACUAAGCAGAGGCAGUUAAAAGCCAUUUUAAACAAGCUGACUCCUCAGAACUUUGACAAACUUUUUGAGCAAGUAAAAGCAGUUAAUAUUGAUAAUACUGUUACGCUUACUGGUGUUAUCUCACAAAUCUUUGACAAGGCCUUGAUGGAACCUACUUUUUGUGAAAUGUAUGCAAACUUCUGUUACCAUUUGGCUGCAGUUUUACCGGAUUUUAGUGAAGAGAAUGAAAAGAUAACUUUCAAAAGAUUGCUUCUAAAUAAGUGCCAGGAGGAGUUUGAGAGAGGUGAAAGAGAGCAAGAAGAAGCAAACAAAGUUGAGGAAGAGGGUGAGGUUAAACAAUCUGAGGAGGAAAGGGAGGAAAAAAGAAUUAAGGCAAGAAGAAGAAUGCUCGGUAAUAUUAGACUAAUUGGUGAAUUGUACAAGAAGAAAAUGUUGACCGAGAGAAUAAUGCAUUCUUGCAUCAAUAAGCUAUUGGGUCAGUAUCAGAAUCCGGAUGAGGAAGACAUUGAGGCAUUGUGCAAAUUAAUGAGUACCAUAGGAGAGAUUAUUGACCAUCCCUUGGCGAAGGAGCAUAUGGAUGCUUAUUUUGACAGGAUGACAAAACUAUCAAAUAACAUGAAGCUAUCUUCACGGGUUAGGUUCAUGUUGAAAGAUGCAAUUGACCUGAGAAAGAAUAAAUGGCAGCAAAGGAGAAAAGUUGAAGGGCCAAAGAAGAUUGAGGAAGUGCACAGAGAUGCUGCUCAAGAACGACAAACACAAGCUAGUAGGCUUACUAGGGGUCCAGGGAUUAAUCCUUCUGCAAGAAGGGCACCUAUGGAAUUCAGUCCUAGAGGGUCAACCAUGUUACCUUCCCAAAAUUCCCAGGUGGGUAGUUUUCGUGGAUUGCCCCCUCAUGCUCGUGGUUAUGGAACUCAGGACGCUCGGUUUGAUGAAAGACCUUUUGAGGCUAGGACAUUGUCUGUUCCAUUGCCUCAAAGACCACUUGGGGACGAUUCUAUUACAUUGGGGCCCCAGGGUGGUCUUGGUCGAGGAAUGUCUUCUAUUAGAGGACCACUGCCAAUGCCUGGUACCCGCUUAGCUGACAUUUCUUCCAGCCCUGGAGACUCGAGGAGGAUGGCAGCUGGUUUAAAUGGCUUCGGUAAUGUUCCAUCAGAAAAGGUUUGGCCUGAGGAACGAUUACGUGAUAUGUCUAUGGCAGCGAUUAAAGAAUUUUACAGGACAUUCGAAGAAGCUCCAAUUUGCGUUUGGAGGAUUUUCGACCUCCAGAUCCUAACAGAUCAAGGAUAUUAGAAAAAUUUAUUUAGAGGAUAGUGAUGCUCGUUUGUAUCUUGUUAGAAGAAAUUCUUGUCUAGCAUUUCUAGAGCCUUUACUAAUCUGCGAAAAUAUCUUGCGGGCCGGUGGGUUUGGGGAGUUACAUAUUGGGUUCACCAUCUUAAUGCCUUCUAUAUAUUAUUUCCUCAAAUUGUUCUCCUCAAUCGUCAAAGGUUCAAUUGAGCAUCAACCAAAUUUUUAGGCUUCUGGGGCUUGCUUUUCUCAUCUUGUUUGCUACAUAUGAAAUACAACAUUAUCUGCUGGUUCGGGCA